ACAGCCAGUUACAGGCUAAUGGGGACAUGGCUUAGCGUGGUCCCCCCUAUUACAUCGACAAUCAUAUAGCUGUAUUUUUUAUUAUAUACAUCUCAUUUACGUUUUUGUAUUCCUUGUAAACGUACUUGAUUCAUGCAAACUCUCGUGCGUUGGACUUAGCACCUCUUGACAUCAACACGGCUCAGCUCAACCGGUGCAGGUACAGUAGGUCCUUUAUGUUUAGCAGCGCGUUAGCUCGGUGGCUGGCUAACCCAACAGCUCUUUUGAAAAUACAUCGAUAUAUCGAUGUAACAAAAACGAUCUAUUGGCUUGCAUUAUAAAUUAUAUAAAUGCAUGUGUGUUUUAAAGUUAAUUUGAUAUAAUUAGCUAGCAACCAGAAGCUGCAAUUAUCUUUACCUGUAAAUGUUGGCGGCAUUCAAUGAAACUGAACGAGUGUAGGGGAAGAUGUUCCUAGCCUGUAAUUUGUCAGCCUUCAAUGCUUCGGCCGUAAUUUUAGGACAUUUAUUUAUUCAUCAUGGCAGUGUUAUUGAUGAUAAACAUGGGAGCUUGCUAGUUAGUUGAUCUAGCCAUAAAAUAUAUUCAACCGCCGUCUAUAUGGCCUUUAUUGGCAUCCAAACGUAGCGAAGUAGCUAGUUGCCUGAUCAAAUUGAUUAGCUAUCCCCCCACGAUUAGCUCGCAGUUUGGGUGUUUGUUCGGAUGAUUGAUUACUAGCUCAUCAACUGCUAAUCUCACAACAGUAGUCCAGCUAAUAAUGAGCCAUUUUACGCAACGCUGUGACUAAAAAAAACACUUUUCAACCAUGAUCUGUAACUCUCUGAGUGUCUGUACCGUCCCAAGAUAUGCAUGGUUUGUUGUUCCUUGCGCGAGCUGCUGAUCGAAACAUUAUCUGCCCCUAGCGGACCGGGAGCAACAUGGUAGUUCCGGACAGCGCCGGUGAGGUCCAACCAGCAGGCAAUGACGGUACCGGGGGUCUUAUGAAGAACUCCCAGCCGAGCUACGAGGAGGAGCAGGAGCUAGCAGGGGUGGAGUUGGAGGAGGUGCGUAAGCUCCAGGAGCUCAUUCGAAGACUCGAGGUCCAGAAUCAAACACUCCGCAACAGAGGAGGCAGUAAGAAUCUACAUCUCGGAGGAGCGACCACCACAAACAACAGUAACCUCACAACCAGUACCAACAUCAAUGAGAGAAUCUCAUCCUGCCAAGGGGUGAUCAACACCAACUCCCCUCUCAGGUUGGGGAGCAGUGGAAGUUGUGGAACGGAGCUAGGCAGCAGCAGUGACUUGGAGCUGUCCCCUCCUCAGGACUGUAGUAGCAGUGAGGAUAUGUCCCCGCUCCCUGUAGCUAACCGGAUAGAGGAGGAGGGGGAGGAGGAUGGUGGACUGUGUGCAGGCUUUCUGACCCUGCCGUGCGGGAACGGACCGGGACAGGAGCAGACCCAGGGGCUAAGCCCAACCCCAGAGAGUCCCUCUCUGGACAGCUAUGAGUCUGAGACCCUGGCGGAGAGCGAUUCAGGGGUGGACCAGUUAGCUCUGGAUGAGGUGGAUGUUCUGGACCUAGAGGAGGACUUUGCAGAGGUGGAUGGUGAGGACAGCUGGUAGGUACCAUGGUGAUAGGAGAUGGUGAGGACAGCUGGUAGGUACCAUGGUGAUAGGAGAUGGUGAGGACAGCUGGUAGGUACCAUGGUGAGGACAGCUGGUAGGUACCAUGGUGAGGACAGCUGGUAGGUACCAUGGUGAUAGGAGAUGGUGAGGACAGCUGGUAGGUACCAUGGUGAUAGGAGAUGGUGAGGACAGCUGGUAGGUACCAUGGUGAUAGGAGAUGGUGAGGACAGCUGGUAGGUACCAUGGUGAUAGGAGAUGGUGAGGACAGCUGGUAGGUACCAUGGUGAUAGGAGAUGGUGAGGACAGCUGGUAGGUACCACGGUGAUAGGAGACGGAGAGAGCGAAAGGAUGCAUGUGAAAUUCCACCCUAUUUCCUAUAUAGCUAAUGCAGUACUUUUGACCAGGGCCUGCAUAGGUCUCUCAUCGAAAGUAGUGCACUAUAUAGGGAAUGGAGUGCCAUUUCGGAUGCAGCCAAAUGUCCUCUGCACACGGUAUGGAAGGUCCCGUACCUGUUUAUUUGCUAUGCUUUGAUCAUAACGGGUCUUAGUCCACCUUAGGUGUGUGCCACGUGUGCAUGUCUACUGUCUCUUUCUGCUGCUAUACCUGCAGAUUCUGCACUCUGUGCUAUGUCAUGAAACAACUGUUCAGAUUACAUUUAUUCCCAGUAGAUCUGCAUUCCCAGUAGACACUAGACAUGCAUUCUGAUCACUGCAGAUGAAGGAGAGGAACACACAUUUACAUUUACAUUUUAGUCAUUUAGCAGACGCUCUUAUCCAGAGCGACUUACAGUUAGUGAAUACAUAUUUUUUUUAUACUGCCCCCCCGUGGGAAACGACGUAGAGUAAUAUUCACUAGUCUGCACCCCACAUGUAGAGUAAUAUUCACUAGUCUGCACCCCACAUGUUGGAGUGGAGACAUCUGUUCACCACUGUCUCCAGGGUGAUGAAAGGUCCUUUAGCCAGAUGAGUCAUUAUGGUACUGUUCUGUUCAACCUUUCACUCCUAUAAGUAGAGGCACUAUGACUGCAACCUUUAGUCAUACAAAAAUGUUAAUUUGGCCAGGGUUACGUCCCAAACGGCACCCUAUUCCCUACACAGUGCACUUCUUUUGACCAGAACCCUAUGGGCCCUAAUGCACUAUGUAGGGAAUAGGGCACUAUUUGGGAUGCAGCCCUAGGUUGGAGGUGGGUCUCUGCUGUGGCAGUUGACCUGGUUUCCGUGAUACGUAACAACCAGAGGAAAACGUGCAGAAAAUGCAUGCAGGUGUUAUGCAGCGGAGCUAGUAGGCUACAGCAGCCUUUAGAUGGAAAUAUCUGAGCUCUGCUUCUGCUUUGGAAAUGCUCGGCUUUGUGGGCUGUGACAGGCAGUGCCUCUGAUCACUGGAUCUAUGUGACUAGGAGAGAGAAUUAAUUGGGGACAGAGAGAAAAUAGGGGGUAGUGUGGAGCAAAAGGAUGGAUAGUGAUUGAGGGGGAGACCGAAAUGGAAAGAGAGAGGGAGCAUCAUGCUCUAGUCUAGAGGGAGAGGGGCACAGAGGGAGAGAGGCCAAUGUUGUCGCUGGGUUAAGGGCAGCCAGCCAACCUGAUUUACUCUGGGUAUUGUGUGUGUGUGUCAGCAGCAGUAGUGUUGUCCUCCUCUGACGUGAACACCCAGAGAGGGAGGAGGAGGCUUGAGCUCAGAGCCAGAGCUAGCACCGCUGGGCCUCUCAACGUUCAAGGAGACAUGGGUCCUAUUCACUAGGUACCAAACCGGAUAAAAUGGACUGAAACGGGGAGGGACUACCUGAGCUUGUCCAAUAAGAAAGGCUUGUUAGUUUUCCGUUUUUAAAGCAUUUUGCUACUGUGGGCCCUAAAAUACAGCCAUAGGUACUAAUACAUAGAGCCAUAGGUACUAAUACAUAGAGCCAUAGGUACUAAUACAUAGAGCCAUAGGUACUAAUACAUAGAGCCAUAGGUACUAAUACAUAGAGCCAUAGGUACUAAUACAUAGAGCUAUAGGUACUCCAAUGGCAUGACUUGACUUAUUGCUUCUUGGCAAAGUUCAAAAGGACACACACACACACAGUGACUUGUUAUGUGCCCCUGUUAAACUGUGAUGAUUCAAGGCUGCAGUCAAUGCAUCAUUUUCCACAGCCAGAGAAGUGGAAACAAGGCGUUAGUUGUCCUGUUUAUCCCACAUGCAGAGUGCCUAGGUUAGUCCUAGUUCAGUCACUACUCAGGGCUUCUACUACUGCUGGCAAAGUCCUGGAAGUCACUACUAUAUUUUGCAUCAUUCAAAUGAUCAAAUGAAUGUCAGCCCUGUACUGUUGUUACUGAGUUCCUGUGUCUAGUCAGGGUUCUUCUGUUGUGGAGGAGGAGGAGCUUGGCUUGUUUACCAGAAUUUAAUUAACACGAUUGGAUUACCUCAAAAUGUUUGUAAUGGCAGACUGCUAAUUCCCAUAUAAUCCAUUAAAAUGUAAUGUUCCCUCUGUACGCCACAAGGUUAAUCUAGGCCUGUGGCUUGUGUGUGUUUGCCAAGUCCAGGGUGUUGUUCUAAACCCAUUAUGCAUUUGUUUACCCAUCCCAUUUUAUACAGUAUUGUCCGACACAAACAGGUGCCAUAUUGUAUUCCUGGUAGCUACUUUAGCAGCUGAUCUGUGGAUUAACAAUCCCACUACCACAUCAUUAGCCAGUCUGUAUUAGGUCCAGGAGGUUCCCACUACCACAUCAUUAGCUAGUCUGUAUGAGGCCCAGGAGGUUCCCACUACCACAUCAUUAGCCAGUCUGUAUGAGGCCCAGGAGGUUCCCACUACCACAUCAUUAGCCAGUCUGUAUUAGGUCCAGGAGGUUCCCACUACCACAUCAUUAGCCCGUCUGUAUGAGGACAGGAGGUUCCCACUACCACAUCAUUAGCCAGUCUGUAUUAGGUCCAGGAGGUUCCCACUACCACAUCAUUAGCCAGUCUGUAUUAGGUCCAGAAGGUUCCCACUACCACAUCAUUAGCCAGUCUGUAUGAGGUCCAGGAGGUUCCCACUACCACAUCAUUAGCCAGUCUGUAUGAGGUCCAGGAGGUUCCCACUACCACAUCAUUAGCCCGUCUGUAUGAGGUCCAGGAGGUUCCCACUACCACAUCAUUAGCCCGUCUGUAUGAGGUCCAGGAGGUUCCCACUACCACAUCAUUAGCCAGUCUGUAUGAGGUCCAGGAGGUUCCCACUACCACAUCAUUAGCCAGUCUGUAUGAGGUCCAGGAGGUUCCCAUUACCACAUCAUUAGCCAGUCUGUAUUAGGUCCAGGAGGUUCCCACUACCACAUCAGUAGCCAGUCUGUAUGAGGUCCAGGAGGUUCCCACUACCACAUCAUUAGCCAGUCUGUAUGAGGUCCAGGAGGUUCCCAUUACCACAUCAUUAGCCAGUCUGUAUUAGGUCCAGGAGGUUCCCACUACCACAUCAGUAGCCAGUCUGUAUGAGGCCCAGGAGGUUCCCACUACCACAUCAUUAGCCAGUCUGUAUGAGGACAGGAGGUUCCCACUACCACAUCAUUAGCCAGUCUGUAUGAGGCCCAGGAGGUUCCCACUACCACAUCAUUAGCCAGUCUGUAUGAGGACAGGAGGUUCCCACUACCACAACAUUCAAUAAAUAAUAAGCCCAGGCAUGGACCCCUAAGCUGCUUUGGGCUGGAUUCUAGGGCUCAGGGCUUAAUCCCAAAUGGCACCCUAUUCCCUUUAUAGUGCACUACUUUUGACCAGAGCCCUGUGGGUGUAGAGGACUAUAUAGGGUGCCAUUUGGGCUGGAGGCUGCUGGGGGCUAAACUGCUUUGAGGGAACUUAGGCUGCAUGUGAUCCGUCAUGGACCUUCUGGUACUUAAAACAUUUACUGAGAGCUUUGUUUUGUGUGCAGAUGAUGGCGUGCCUACUGGUAUUUCUAUCUAUGUAAAACAAAUAAUUACUAAUGGUCCAUUUACCAAAUGAUCUGCCCUCAGAGCCUCUUCAACUGUAGCUCUGAGGAUCAAACGAUCUGACCGUUAAACAGCUAGCCUAACUAACUAGGCCUACUCGUUAGCAUCAGCCACUGCUGCUCAGCUCUCCAAUUGCCAGAAGUAAAUCGUUCCAGGCUCAAGUUGUCUGACUUUAUAGCCCUGACUGACUACUCUACCAUCUGUUCUGUGUGUGAGAGAGGCAUGGAGAAUGUCUGUCUGUAUUGUUGCUGGUCCCAGUGGGAUAGAGGGCUUGUCUUUGUGUUUGUCCAAUGGGAAGAUGAGGCCAAGUUGAUUACUCAAAAACCAGUUCGCACAGCCAGGCCUAUUUGUGUGUUUCGCGCCUCAACGCAUUCCCCAUGUGACCCGGAUCAAACGUCCUAACGGACUUGGCAGUUUGCUCUGCACGUUUUUCAAGGGGAGGGACUCCCUCAACUCAAACACUCAUCGCUACAUCGCUAGACUUCGCAUGUACUCUAGAAACAGAAUGCAGGACUAUCAGGCCGAUCACAGAUGUUCAAGUCACACGUAUUGAUACCAGUUGAGCUCAUCCCCUUGUCAUGUGAGGUGGUGUGUAGUAGACUAGGCAUGUUGUCUACAGUAGGCAAGACGUGCUGUAGAUGUGCCUAUUUCAGACAACUCAUGCAGUAGAAGGUAAUGCAUGGUGAUGGCUGGGAGAGGACCGGAGGACCGUACAGUAGAGCCCUCAUUAGGAGAUGGGGGCCAUGAUACUGCUGCUGCUGUGGAGGGAAGAGGUCACUGCCAGGGAUGGGCUGAGCACACACAACACUGCUACUGCUGUGGACUGUGGUUAUUGCCUGGGAACAUGGGACAGGCUAGAAUGGGCAGAACUAAAUGGGUUGGGAUGGAGUGAGAUGGGCUGUGUGUGUGGAGUGGUGACCGUCUAGGUUUGAAUAAUUGGAUGGGUUUAGGUCAAGAGACUGGCCUGACUGUACUGAAAGUAUAACGUAUCAAUAUCGUCCUGCUACAGUGUAGCCUACGGCUAUGGCUUAUGUAUGCAACGAAGACAUGUUGCUGUAUGUUGGGUCAAGUGGAGUAUUCGCUAUGGCUAGCCUAUUUCUAGUAGUAGAUGAUUAGUGUUAUGAAGGAUACUGUGGUUGUGUUCCACCAUGCGUAGAAGGCAUGCCUCCUGCAGACAUUCCCACAUACUAAAAGUUAUUAAAUGCAUACCUGGCAGGCCAGAUAACUCAAUUAAUACUGUGUUCCCAUCCCACUGUUCUGCUGUUCGCUUGGCUGCAGGCAGGCUGGAUAAACAGGCUUUGCAAAAUGUAAAUUCUCUCUGUCUCUCUCUCUCUCUCUCUAUCCACCUCCUUUCUCCUCCUCUUCCCUUCAUCACUCCCUGCCUCUCUCUCUCCCUCACCUCUCCACAUCUCUCUCCUUCUCCCUGUUUUCUAUCCUCAUCUCUUUUCUCUCCACCCUCCCCCUCUCUCUCUCCCUCCCCCUCUCUCUCUCCCCUCCCCUCUCCUCUCCCUCCUCCCCUCUCCCUCCCCCCUCUCUCCCUCUCUCCCUCCCCCUCUCUCCCUCCCCUCUCCUCCCCCUCCUCUCCCUGCAGGUUGUAUGUCUCCCCUAAGAAGCAGGUAGUUGCUGAGCCCAGGCCUGAGUCUCCUCUGAAGUGGUGUCGGAAGGUUCUGGACCACCCCACCCCAGAGACGGAGGUGGCCUGUCGUACCCUGCUCAACCGUCUCGACCAGGGUACGCACCUACCUAGUAACCUUAUGAUAACCAUAUAACAACUCUAAAGUAACUAUACUAUAGUAACCUUAUACUAACCAUGUCAUAACAUGUACAAUAACCUUAUAGGAAUCCUACAACUUUAAUAAUAGCCAUAUACAACCUUUUGAUAACCAUAAAAAAACAUAACUGUAUAAUAACCUUACAAUAACAUUAUAACAACUCUAUAGGACUCCUUCUACAAUAACCUUGCUUCCUGCCAUUGCCCAGUAACCCUAUAAUAACCAACAUCCUGUCCUACACCAAUAACCUCAUAACAAGCAAUAAACUAAUACAAAAAUGGAUAAACUUGCCACUGACCACCAGUGAAUGCAGUCAUAACACAGUAUCUGAGGCAAUAACCAGUUCGACCUCGUAUCCAAUUACCUAACAUUAUGACUAACUACUGUUCCCUGAAGGAGGGAAAUGAGGUACAACACACUAUGGGGAAAUAUAAUCACGCCCCAAGCCGACCCCCCCCCCCCCAACGGAUACUAAAUGACCACCCAGACCUGACCCCGCCGGAUGCGGCAGUUUGGGUAUUACGCACACGGCGUGCUGCCUAGUGACUGUCCCCUGUCCCAGCCGUAAGCACACUGGGCUACACGGCGUGCUGCCUAGUGACUGUCCCCUGUCCCAGCCGUAAGCACACUGGGCUACACUGUCAGCAGUGACGUCCAAGCGACAAAACCUCACAGCCCAACUCUCCACAGCACAAAUAUCUCCUAUAGUCAAUCCUUUAAAUGACGCCCAAGACGCUGCCAGACCCCUGGUGGAGUGGGCACAUACACUGCUAGGUAACCCUUGACCCUUGCUGCUAUAUUCCAGGGAGAGCGCCCUGCCUCGAGCUGGUCACUACAGUUGAAGUCAGGCAACCCUGACAUUUUAAAGAGAGUGUACAAUUUUCAAUGUAAUGCAUCUCAAUAGGAAAAUAGUGCUUUUACACAAUGUAGAAAUGUAAUAUUCCACAAAUGACUUUGUAAUUUCAAUGACAGGUAUUCAUAUCAACAUUUUUAGCUUUUAUAAUAAACUAAUGUCUUUACAGUGUUAAAUAUUAGUUUAUAGGGCACAAUGUGCUUCAAAAGUAGCUAGAAUUCAUAUAGGCCCAAUAUAGGUUGCAUCUCAAUCAAUAAAAAAUAUAUUUUCUGGUGCUCUUAAAUUUAAUGUGGUGCUCCUAACUUUUAAGUUGUGAGCACCAGUGCUAAAAGCAUUAUUUAGAGGUGUGUGUGAGAGAGACGGCAGCUCAGCAACCACCAGUACUUUACCACUCAGUGAGUAUUAGAUCCAGCAGCACACCCCCAUUCAUUCAUUAUUUAUUUAUUUAUGCGUCUACUUCCUGCAGAUACUGACCUUCAACAACUGAGCCAUUCACACCCAACCAGGGCCUGGCCCAAUGACCACAUGGUGUAGCGACUGGGCUGGCUCAGAUAGUUUUAUAGCACCAGAACACAGCUGUCUGUCAGGGCAUGAAACUAUCCACUUUAGAAGUGAAACGUUAACAUGCACACCAUUGUGGUACAGGAGAUUACAGUCCCAGAGUUGACUUGAUUGUAGAAAAGAUUAAAGAUGACUCCUGAACGUGCUAGAUUACAAACUACCCACUGGCACAGGCAGCAGGCAAAUAUAGGAAGUCAUUCACUAGGCUAUAACCUACCCCAUAGUAAUGAGUCCUGUUAUAUAAGUGUGAUAUUGGAUAGUUUCACCCUCCUAAACUUGUGUUGUUGUGGCCCAUUGGCUCAGGCUCAAUGACUGAGCCAAUGGCAAACAGUGAAUAGCAAACAAUACUGCUUCCUGGAUGAAGUAAAUAAACCUAUAGGAACCAGUGCCUUAGGAAUAAUGACCUGCCAUAGCCUCAUUGCUACCUCUCAUAGCCUAUAAGGGUGAUGUAGAACGGGUACACCCUGCCAAACCUGUGUUGUUGUGGCCCAUUGGCUCCGGCAAUGAGUCUGAAUGAAGGUAGUGGCUGACAAUGAAGCUGUGUGAAGUCAGUAAAUAAUAUAGACUCCAAUGGGGCUGAAUAGAAUGAAGGUAGUGGCCAACAGUGUAUAAUAAUAAUAUGCCAUUUAGCAGACGCUUUUAUCCAAAGCGACUUAGUCAUGUGUGCAUACAUUUUUACGUAUGGGUGGUCCCGGGGAUCGAACCCACUACCCUGGCGUUACAAGCGCCAUGCUCUACCAAUUGAGCUACAGACAAUGACACUUGAUGAAGUGAACAUAUAGAACCCAUUGCCCUAGGAAUUAAUGCUUUGUCAUAGCCUCCAUUGUAUUGAUAUAGGACAGUAAGUUCUAAAAUAAUUUAAAAUAAUCCUCUGUCCUGCUUAAGACAAAACCAAUGCAUCUAGUCUCAACUGUCUUUUGCAACAGCUCAAAACGAACCAGCCACGGCCAUUUAGAAACACUGAUGAAAGUUGUAGAUUCUAUCUGAUCAGGAAUUACUUUUAAAGUUCUUGUUCACUUCAGACUCACUCCCACCCCAGUGUGUUUUUAUAUUUGUCUACAAGGCACAUAGAUGUUGGCCAAAAAAGUCCUAACACUCUCUAGUGAAGUAAACACUUCGCACAAUACAGGCUGCUUUUUAAACUGGGCCUUGACUCUGUUUAUGUAACUGUGUGUCUCCUCUCCUGUCUCCUCUCCUGUCUCCUCUCCUGUCUCCUCUCCUGUCUCCUCUCCUGUGUCCUCUCCUGUCUCCUCUCCUGUCUCCUCUCCUGUGUCCUCUCCUGUCUCCUCUCCUGUCUCCUCUCCUGUCUCCUCUCCUGUCCUCCUCUCCUGUCUCCUCUCCUGUCUCCUCUCCUGUCUCCUCUCCUGUCUCCUCUCCUGUCUCCUCUCCUGUCUCCUCUCCUGUCUCCUCUCCUGUCUCCUCUCCUGUCUCCUCUCCUGUCUCCUCUCCUGUCUCCUCUCCUGUCUCCUCUCCUGUCUCCUCUCCUGUCUCCUCUCCUGUCUCCUCUCCUGUCUCCUCUCCUGUCUCCUCUCCUGUGUGCCUUUAGCGUCUCGCUGGAGGAACAUCUACAGCAGCUCUGGUCAGAUGGGGGAGGCUGGCUCCUCUGGCUCUGGCCUCCUCUCUCCUGGGUACCACAACAAAUCCACUACCAAAACCCUACUAGCCAGUGGUGUCUCAGGUACGCAUGAUAUUAAUACACCACAUGCUUCUCUACAUCCAGCUGCUCUCGCUCUCCACAGUGUUUUUAAUUUUUGUGUUGGUGGAACUCAAGAUACUACUUUAUCAGAUUAAAAAGAACUUGAUAAGUUCUUAAAUAUGCACUCCAGCUAUUUUGGAACUUUUCCUGUUGAAAACAAUAUCCCAUGUAUAAAUACAGUAAUCUGGACCACCUAUAGAGAUGGGCAUUUUAAGUAAAUCAGGUGAUAAAUGAGCUGAAAGGGAGACUGGAGUAGGACUUUAAAGUAACAAGUUUGUAAGGAGUGUUUUAAUGUUUUCAAUGUUUGUUUACAAUAUUUGCUGUUAUCUGCAACGUUUCUUCAAAGGGUUGUUCUCCUCAACUCAACAACGUAAAGGGUCAAAGGUUGGAUCUCUUCUGUAUAUUGGCCUACUACAGUGAAGAUGCUGAAUGGUAUCUUGUAUUAUGCAUUGAUAAUAAUUUCACCAAAACUAAUGGCAUUUACAGGCUUGCUUUGCAGAGUGGUGUGGAUAUCAAAUACUGUGAUCCUUAGCGAUACUGGGAAAACAAACAUUUUAACUUCUCAGUGUGUGUGUGUGUGUGUGUGUGUGUGGCGCUAUGUAAGCCAACACAAUGCUUAUGUUUUUAUUAUGAACACUGACUGUAAAUAACUCUUUGCAUGAAGUAUGUAAAUGUUUUGCUUGCUGGUGAUCCCUCCUAAUCCCAGAUCUGUUAUAUAACCAAACACCCUGGAUGCUGCUGUUGUUGCCUCUGUGUCGGUUUGAAUGAAGGGUGUGUGGGUGUGUGUCAGACGAUGGCCUUGCCUAGUAGACGCCUCAUGCUUCCAGCUGUCCUCAGCACUGUGUCUAGACUAAUACAGCAGGACAGACAGGGAAGUCAUCUCCCCUCAUAACGCAGUUACUGGUCCAGCCCUCCGUCUCUGAUUUAGAGACUAAUAAAGAUAAUUGACUACUGUAUAGCUGUGGAUGGAUAAUGUAUAGUUGCAUGUCCUUGGUUUUCAAGUUGUAUUAUAGUCCUUGUUUUUAUCCCUCGAGGGGCAGUUGUGUGGGACAAACCUGUGGAUGGAUUCUGAAGGAGUGUGUGUGAUCUAAAUCCUGGUUGUGUUCUUGUGUUUCCAGGCUACAUGAGUGUGCACUCGGCUCUGAGUUCCCAGUCUUCUAUAGACAGUGAACUGAGUACCUCCGACGACUCCAUCUCCAUGGGUUACAAGCUACAGGACCUCACUGACGUCCAGAUCAUGGCCCGCCUACAGGAAGAGAGUGAGUGGUGUUGAAUAAUGACUGCCUUGAUAAUGUGUUUCAGGAAGAGAGUGAGUGGUGUUGAAUAAUGACUGCCUUGAUAAUGUGUUUCAGGAAGAGAGAGUGGUGUUGUGUUGAAUAAUGACUGCUGUGAUAAUGUGUUUCAGGAAGAGAGUGAGUGGUGUUGAAUAAUGACUGCUGUGAUAAUGUGUUUCAGGAAGAGAGUGAGUGGUGUUGAAUAAUGACUGCCUUGAUAAUGUGUUUCAGGAAGAGAGUGAGUGGUGUUGAAUAAUGACUGCUGUGAUAAUGUGUUUCAGGAAGAGAGUGAGUGGUGUUGAAUAAUGACUGCCUUGAUAAUGUGUUUCAGGAAGAGAGUGAGUGGUGUUGAAUAAUGACUGCCUUGAUAAUGUGUUUCAGGAAGAGAGUGAGUGGUGUUGAAUAAUGACUGCCUUGAUAAUGUGUUUCAGGAAGAGAGUGAGUGGUGUUGAAUAAUGACUGCCUUGAUAAUGUGUUUCAGGAAGAGAGUGAGUGGUGUUGUUUAGAAUUCUGUUAUGAAAGUCUAAAGGGAUACGUCAUUGUGAUUGUCAAAAUGCCACAGGUAACUUAUAAAGGAGACUGAGAAUAUGCUGACUCAUUGUGGUAGUGUUUGUGAUGUGUGGGUGGGUGUGUCCAUGUCUUUCAGAGUUUGUCCAUGUAGAUACUAGAUACACACUUGAGUGAUAAUGCUAGAGAAGCCGGUGUUUGGAGGAUAUAUUGGCACGGGCGUUGCGCGCCAAUACAUCCUCUAAACACCGGCUUCUCGGGCAUUAUCACUUUUAUACAACGGGUUACCAACAUAUUCAAAUAAUGAUUGACAUAUUUUCAUUAAACUUUUAUUUUGAUGAAUUUAUUCAUACAAUUUCAUCCUUCCACAAGAUAUAGUCCCGACACAAAUCUAGGGUUGCUUGCUAGCCAACUACAGCUAAUUUACAGUCACAUCAAACAGUGCAGCCAAUAUAACAACAAAGUAGCUGCAUUUGCAUUUGUUUAAGCUGUUUUCUAGUGAUAAUUAUUUGCAUACAUCCAUAACAAUGAGCUAAUGAGGCGCGAUUUCACCUGGCAUAGAAAAUGUGCUCUCUCGUCAGGACACUGUUAUACGAGAGCUAGCCAACAACGCCCCUAACACAAUCACUGCAAACUAGCUGCACUUCGUUUCGUUUUACCUGUUUUCUAUUAAUAGUUAUUUGUAUAUAUCCAUAAAAACUAUGCUGAUUCAUGAUUUCGACUGGCUGAGAAACGCUGCCUGCCUGUCUGUCUCAACCCGACUUGCGAUACGAUCAUUACUAUGGGACAGCUGGAAAUCGAAUUUAAAUAUUGAAACAAUGUUGCAAAUGUUGGCUAGACAGACAGCAAGGUUUAUACAAAUCUCCGCUGUUAAACUAAAUGUUAGUCUAAAAGAAAUGGGGGAUAAUAUAUAGAUGCUUUUUAUAGUGGAGAUCAAGUUUAUAAAUUGCCUGGCUGGGCUGAUGAGACAGUGGAUUGCGCAGUCAGAUGAAACCGAGUAAAUGGGCAUUUUAACGUCAUAGAUUUAGCUGGUGGUAACUUGUGGAAUAGACACCGGCUGGAAUGCGGUUUCAACCAAUCAGCAUUGGUUUAGACCCACCCGUUGUAUAAAAUACAGUAGACCCUUGUUCUUUUAUGUGUCCAGGCCCUGUAACUUUCUCUCUCUCUGUCUCCUCUCUCUCAGGUCUGAGACAGGACUAUGCCUCCAGCUCUGCCUCAGUGUCUCGUCGUAGUUCCUCUGCCUCCCUCCAGUCUCUACGUCGGGGUGGGACCUACAGCGACCAGGAGUUUGAUACCUACAGCCUGGAGGAUGAGGAGGAUGAGUGUUGCUCUCUGCCCCAGCGACGCCUCCGCUACUCCCCCUCUCCCCUGGGCUCACCCCGCUGCCUCUCCCCCUCCACGGGCUCCCAGGGCCAGACAGAGUACAGCAGGCUGGGGGCCCCCCGGCAACGCGCUCCACGCCGAUCGCUACAGGGGCCCGGGCCCGAGCUGCUAAAGUUUGUCAAGACCGAGGGUAGGUGGAGACUGGAGAGGAGUGUUCAUGCAUCACACACAAACCGAACACAUAGCAGUGUCUGUACACAGUCAAAACUACAGAGAAUGAUCAGUUAGAUGUACUCUGUAUUGUUUAAAGACAUACUUAUAAAUCGAUUAGUUCUAUAGAACAGGGUUUCCCAAAUUCGGUCCUGGGGGCCCCCCCCUGGGUUUUUGUCCUAGACCUACACAGCUGAUUCAAAUAACCAACUCAUCAUCAAGCUUUGAUUAUUUGAAUCAGCUGUGUAGUGCUAAGGCAACAAUCAAAACAUGCACCCGGGGAGGGCCCCAGGACCGACUUUGGGAGACCUUGCUAUAGAACGCAGUUUCAGUUCAGUCUUUCUCCAACUCAAGCCGUGUGUGUGUGUGUGGUUCCAGAAGAGUUGAGGCACAGCAUGCCUAACCUGGCCCCCCGCACCAGCCUGCGUUCCCUGGAGGCGGUCAGGAACAGCCGCAGCAUGGAGGCUAACCUCCAGAGCUCUGGCAACCGCAUAUCCCACCUGCCCCACGCCCCCUCCUCAGGUAACCCUCACCUACACCUGGCCUUUACCUUCCCCACUCUCUCAAGUGGAACCUGAUACUGCCUACCGUAUCCUGAGAGGUACAGAGGGAGCCUCUCUCACCUACCCUACUCCUCUCAGGUAACCCUAAACUGUUCCUCACCUGUCUCUCACCUACCCUACUCCUCUCAGGUAACCCUAAACUGUUCCUCACCUGUCUCUCACCUACCCUACUCCUCUCAGGUAACUCUAACCUGUUCCUCACCUGUCUCUCACCUACCCUGCUCCUCUCAGGUAACCCUAAACUGUUCCUCACCUGUCUCUCAGGUAACCCUAACGUGUUCCUCACCUGUCUCUCACCUAUCCUACUCCUCUCAGGUAACCCUAACCUACCCUACUCCUCUCAGGUAACCCUAAACUGUUCCUCACCUGUCUCUCACCUACCCUACUCCCCUCAGGUAACCCUAAACUGUUCCUCACCUGUCUCUCACCUACCCUGCUCCUCUCAGGUAACCCUAAACUGUUCCUCACCUGUCUCUCACCUACCCAAAUCCUCUCAGGUAACCCUAACCUGUUCCUCACCUGUCUCUCACCUACCCUACUCCUCUCAGGUAACCCUAAACUCUUCCUCACCUGUCUCUCACCUACCCUACUCCUCUCAGGUAACCCUAACGUGUUCCUCACCUGUCUCUCACCUACCCUACUCCUCUCAGGUAACCCUACCCUGUUCCUCACCUGUCUCUCACCUACCCUACUCCUCUCAGGUAACCCUACCCUAUCCUACUCCUCUCAGGUAACCCUACCCUACCCUACUCCCCUCACUUAACCCUACCCUGUUCCUCAUCUGUCUCUCACCUACCCUACUCCUCUCAGGUAACCCUAAACUGUUCCUCACCUGUCUCUCACCUACCCUACUCCUCUCAGGUAACCCUAAACUGUUCCUCACCUGUCUCACACCUACCCCACUCCUCUCAGGUAACCAUUGUCCGUCCGUCAGCAGGUAACUCAGACCUGCCCACAACUUAACUUCCUCAUCCUUCCUCCAUGGUUAUACACCUCAGUUCCACUAAUAUUCCUCUGGGUUCAGGCAUCUAGCCUACAACUCUUUGCUGCCACAAUUCCUGAUCUCAAGUAUACAGAGAAUAUGUGCCCUUCUCCCUCAUUUCCUGUAUUGUACUGUCAUCAGAGCAUUGGCAUAUGAACAUUAAAUAAGGGAGAAGACCACAUGUAUACUUUUUGAGUGUACUACUUCGCAGUGUGUGAGUGUGGAUAGCACUCUCUUAAACCCAUCUCAUCAUGCCCAUCGCUCUCCGCCCAGGUAUGUCAUCCAGUCGGAUGCGAGGCAGUGGCCAGUCCCCUCUGUCCAUGCGGGUCCCUGUCAAAGCCAUGGGCUCCAUGCCGGGGGCCCACCAGCCCUCCAGGGGCCUGCCUGUAGUCCAGAGUGUACCCAAUGGAGGGGUACGGAGGAUCCAGUCCCCAGGGCCUGCCAACGGGGGAGCCUACCCAGCCGGGAGAGCCUCUACUGGGGGUGGGAGGCAAGCAGCAGCCCCAUCCUCCAGGGGAAGACUGGCACAGACACCUAGAAGGUGAUUAAUUAAUUAAUUGAUUGAUCGAUCGUUUAGAAAUACACAUUCAGCAUUAUGACUUGGGAUGAUUACUCAAAGUGAGUUGAUAAGAGUGUGAUUUUCAGUACAGUCAUUUCGUUGGUUAAACGUGAUUACUCCUUAUCAGUGGAGGGCACAAACCGUUUGAAUGGCACUCUUACAGGUAUCAAGACUUAUGUUAUUGUUGUCUUUGUUUGUUAGGUCUAUGGGGAUGACUAGAAUGAAUGGCCCAAUCUCAAAUGAGUCGUGGAGAGACGGCUGCUACUGAGGCAACAAGGAAACUUCCUCCACCUCUCUCCUUUACCUUACGUUUUAGUAUAAACAACACCAACAUUACGUACUGACUCUGAACGUACCCCUGUAGGCAACACCAACGUACUUGCCUCUGAACGUACCGCUGUCCUCUGAACAUACCUCUGUAGGCUGGACCACUGUAGAUGAACAGACCUUCCCUGGCAUGGAGAACCCUCACACCACGGUUCCAUUGGAGACCGGGUAGAGAGUGACUGAGAGCACAUACACACACCGUUCGCUCUAUGGACCUAGACAGAGCUUCCAGAGUACAGAAGAUGUUGUUUUUAACAAGUCGAUUCCAAUUCCAGUCUAUAUUUUAUGAUGAUAGUUGAGAGAAGACUAAGGGUUGUUAUUUGAUUUGUUUGUUGUUCUGUAGAUGUACAAAUUAUUGAAGACUUUGAAUGGACUGUUUGUUCUAUUGUGGGUGAAGUUGAACUCUGACUGAUAUGAAGGUAGGGCGGCAGGUAGCUUAGUGGUUAAGAGCAUUGUGCCAGUAACCGAAAGGUCGCUGGUUCUAAUCCCCGAGCCGACUAGGUGAAAAAUCUGUCGAUGUGCCCUUGAGCAAGGCACUUAACCCUAUUUGCUCCUGUAAGUCGCUCUGGAUAAGAGCGUCUGCUAAAUGACCAAUUAUUUUUAUUAAUUAUAAGGUGAUCUCAUCUGUAACUUGGGUUUUGCAUGAUGUUUUAGUUUUUUCUUUCCUCCAAAUUAGUUGUUCUUAUAUAAUAGCCUUAUAAAUAAUAAGUCUGUUCUUCCAAGGAACAACCUCCAUGUUGGUGUGUGUGGGAAGGUUUUUUGAUUGGUUG